AUGGAGGUGGUGCAGAACGCGGAGGCGAGGCUGGCGUCGGCGUACGCAAAGUACGCGGAAGCCAGGGCGCACGUGCAGGCGGCCCAGGUGUGGUUCUGGCGGUUCCGGCCUGAGCACAGGAAGGUCGUUCGCGAGCUCCAGGUGCCGGAGGCGUCCGCGAGGGCGGAGGUCGAGAGGCUGCGAUCCGAAAAGGCCUCCAAGCUGGCCUCAGCAAAGGCCGAGCUGGGGAUCUGGAGCGAGGCGGGGCUCAGCGAGGGCAGGCAGCUGUUCUGGGAUUCCUACGGCCGCGGCAAGCUUUUCGCGCAGCGCCAGAGCCUGUGGGACGCGAUCUACUCGCUGCUGCUGUCCAGGGAGUCUGACGCGCUGGGCAGGAUACUCAACCUGGUGGUCAUCGUGUGCAUCAACUUCACAACGGGCAUGCUCAUGUCCCUGCUGUUCUUCGUCUUCGCACUGCCGUCGCUGAUCGCGUCCUUUCGGCCGGACGUCAUCAGUGGGGUGGUGUUUUUUGCGCUGGCAGUGAUCGGGGCCGCCAGCGUGAUUGUCAGCUUCCUGGGGCUGAUGUACGGGGGGUCAGUCACGUUUGUGUACGCCAUGGCAGGGCCCAGGCUAAGGAGGCUGGAGGCCCGGAGGAGACACCGCGGGAUACAGUACAGGCCCCACAUGGACUGA